AUGUUGCCUUCAAUCCGCGCUGUUACUCCCAAGGCCUUUGUUGCCCGUCGAUUCAUCUCUCAGUCCUCAAAGGCAAAUGCCGCUGCUUCGAUCGCACAGAAUGCCAUGCCCGCAACUGCUAAUGGCUCAAGGACUGCCAAGGCCGCUGCCUAUACCGUUCUCGGAGGCGGUAUCGUCGUUGCAGGUGCUGCUGUUCUCUUGAAGGACGAGGUCGUCUACUGGACCCCAAAUGUCCGCAAAAGACAUUAA